AAGUGUCAAGAGGCCUCCAGUGGAUUUUUCCUCAGCCGCACCAGCCCCCAGGAGGAAGGUGGGUCGAAAUCCAGCACCAUGACAGAACUGGAGAUGGCCAUGGGCAUGAUCAUCGACGUCUUUGCCCGGUACUCAGGGGCCGAGGGCAACAAGCUGAGCCUGACCAAGGGAGAGCUGAGGACGCUCUUGGAGAAGGAACUCCCGGGCUUCCUGGAGAGCGGAAAGGACAAGACUACUGUGGACAAGCUGCUCAAGGAACUGGACGCCAACGGAGACGCCAAGGCGGACUUCAAUGAGUUCAUGAUGUUGGUGGCCGUGCUCACAUCUACCUGCCACAUGUACUUUGAGCAGGAAGAAUCCUGAUGCCUUGUAGAGCCAGAUUCCUGAGGGACAUGGGCAGGGGCAGGGACCAGCCCCCAACCUCCGGAAAGCCCUCAUUGGCAGUUAUUUCCCUGGGCUGAGCCUGCUGAUGACCCUCUGAUUAAUAAAAUGCUCAUGAAAUGA